AUGGAUCGAUUCUUCCUUCGCCAUGACUAUGCCGAAGACCAGCCCUACUCGCGCACUAUCCUCACCACACAUGUCUUACAUCGUGGGGCCAACCUCGGGGCGGUUUUCGGAGCUCUCUAUGGCGGGGCUCGAUACGGGCUCUCCACCCACGCCCGCAGUUUACCACUAGUAGCCUCUAUUGUCCGGGCUUCGGGUGUUGGAGUUGUUGUAACCACUGGCAUUACCGCGGUAAUGCUUUCGGCGAGGAUGUACGGGAAGCAGGAGAUCGAGUGGCAAGACAGAUCAUGGAGGCUGCUCGAGAAUAAGCCUCAGAACAGGAUCGAUGAAUGGAGUGCCUCGGGAGCACUUGUAGGUGGGGUGUUGGGGGGUGUGAAGAAGGGCCUAGGCUGGAGGGGUAUUACCGGGAGUGCGGGAAUCGGAAGUGUCGUUGGAAUUGUUGGCUGGGCGGUUUACAAUAAAACGCGGGGGCCGGGAGAGCAAGUAAAAGUGGCGAAAAAUUUGGAGAAGACCAUUGUCAAAUCAUAAAUUCUUUCUUGCUUGGAUUUUCCUACUUUUCAUAAUCCGGCCUAUUAACUGUUACCCUAUCCAUUAAGAUGGGUACCGGUUCCAUGUUAAUAAAGCCAGCCCUCUUUCGUGUGCAGAAUGCAAGCCUGGCUCUCUUUCGGUCUCUCAAAA